AUGGAAGCUCAAUUAUUUGAUUAUCAAAUAAAAACAUGUAUAAUUGGCAACGAGUGGUGUGGAAAAUCAAGUUUUCUAUUAAGGUUUUUCGACCAAGAAUUUUAUUCACAAAGCAUUGGUACAAUAGGUGUAGAUUUUAAAACAAAACGUAUAGAAAUGAAUGAUUUUAUAGUUAGAAUACAACUUUGGGAUCAAAUAAAAACAAAUAGAUUUCAGCGAAAUACAAAUUAUUUUUAUAGAGGAGCAUAUCUCUUUUUUAUAUGUUAUGACAUAACAGAUUUAGGAUCAUUUUUAGAUGUUGAAAAAGUUUGGAUUCCAACUCUAGAAAGAUAUGCAAGAGCAGAUUUUAUGGUUACUUUAAUUGGGACAAAGUUAGAUAAAGCAGAUUUAUAUAGUGAAAGAAAAGUACCUUAUGAAAUCGCAAAAAAAUAUGCAGAAGAACAUAACAUGGAAUUUUAUGAAACAUCUUCAAAAUAUGAUAUAAAUGUAAAUCAGAGUGUAAUAAAUUCAACCUUUAGAGUAUUUAAAAGCUAUUUUGAAAAUAAAGAAAUUGAUAUUGCCCCCAAUAUUAAUAAAAACAAUAGUAUUAGUAACAAUAGUAACAAUAAUAAUAAAAAAAAAAACUGUAAAAUAAAUUAA